AGCGGUUUCAGGUCGUCUGAGACUCUUCUUCACGUGAGUGCUUUUUUGCGCUCGCAUUCCUCAGCUUCCAAGUCCCUGACACGGGCGCAGCGUGGCUUUAUUCUCCGUUGAAGAGAGGGCCGGACCUAUCCUCUCCACCCCUCACACACAAUUCUUGAUUUCUCUGCGACAUUUUGUCGCCCUGCCUGCGGUUUGGAGGGGCUUGUCGCUGUAAUUAUAGCUGCUUCGAACCAUCGAUCGGAUAUAAGCUAAAAUUCGCCGCCCAUCCGACUCUGGGUAAGUGUCUCGCCCACUCAAGAUCGUUGGAACGCACUCGACCUCGGCAUCCUCCAUUCCCCGUGUCAUCGUCCGGUGGAGACCUUCCACUCUCCCGUUUCUGUCCGAACUUUGGUUAGCUGAUAAUUUAUAUGAUCAUAUGAAGAGUCAGAACAGUGGUCACGUAUGAUUCACCGUCUCGCAGCCGUCAACCGCUUUACAACAUAUAUAUAUAUAUAUAAUUUUUUUUUUUUUUCUUUUUCUUCUUUUUUUUUUCCCCCUGCGGUUCAGUCCGGUUGGAAUUGGGGGUUGAGAAGGAGAUAUCAGCGUUAAUAUCCUCAGGCCGCGGGGGCCUGAGUCCAACUCACAGCCAUGUGGAAGGCAUCAGAACGGCUGAUGGACACCAUCAGCCACUAUGCCUCGUUUCCAGCGACAGGAGUUUCCCUAAGGCAGAUGGUUCAGUUUGGACAUAGACCAUCAACAGGAACUCUCUUUCGCGCAUCCCAAUUCCUGUCGGAAGAACUCCCAAUCCGCCUAGCACACAGAGUCAAGGAGCUGGGCGACCUGCCGGAUGGAUUAAACGACAUGCCUUCGAUAAGAAAGGUGCAGGAUUGGUAUGCACAGUCAUUCGAGGAAAUUAUAAGUUUGCCACGGCCAACCCUUUCGCAGGAAGUCAGAGCUCGCCUUCUACGGCCGAGUCGCCAGCAUGGCCGCGAGCCGAAACUCCUCGAUGAGGCAACACAAAAUCCGAGUGUGAAAAACGGCCAAUACCGCUCCUCCACGACAUCCAUCCUCCAGCAGACAAAAGACCUGUGCAUUAACGGCAACGGCGGCAAUGGAGGUGUAAAUGGGACUACAAAGCACAGAGUCAGCGGGAACCGAAGGUACUUUGUUGCCGCAGACGACGGAGGCGACUGGCCACCCGAACUCAGGGAUUAUAACAACCGGUUCGCUUCGACGCUACAUCACAUCAAAAGGCGGCAUGAUAGCGUGGUCACGACAGUUGCGCAAGGAAUUCUGGAAUGGAAACGGAAAAGGCAGCGGCUGCAGAUUGACUCUAAUAUACAAUCGUUCCUUGAUCGUUUUUACAUGUCUCGUAUCGGUAUACGAAUGCUGAUAGGGCAACAUAUUGCCCUUACACAGCAGACGCAUGAAUACCACCCGAACUAUGUCGGAAUCAUCUGUACCAAGACGAAUGUCCGUGAACUUGCGCAGGAAGCGAUUGAGAACGCGCGGUUCGUCUGUGAAGAUCAUUAUGGAUUAUUUGACGCACCCAAGGUUCGCCUCGUCUGCAAAGAUGAUUUGAAUUUUAUGUACGUCCCGGGGCAUCUGUCGCACAUGCUUUUCGAAACUCUGAAGAAUUCGUUGCGUGCUGUUGUAGAAACACAUGGCCCGGAGAAUGAUUCGUUCCCUGAGAUCAAGGUUAUUGUCGCGGAAGGCCGCGAGGAUAUAACAAUUAAAAUUUCCGACGAAGGAGGGGGUAUCCCAAGAUCGUCAAUUCCCCUAGUUUGGACGUAUAUGUACACCACAGUGGAUCAGACUCCAAAUUUGGACCCGGAUUUUAAUAAGAGCGAUUUUAAGGCUCCAAUGGCUGGUUUUGGCUAUGGGCUUCCGAUCAGUCGGCUCUAUGCACGGUAUUUCGGCGGUGACUUAAAGUUGAUUAGCAUGGAGGGAUAUGGCACAGAUGUCUACCUUCACCUUAACCGCCUUUCUUCGAGCUCAGAGCCCCUUCAAUGACAAUUACCAGUCAUGAAGGAUGGCCGCACACUCGUUCGCUCGGCUCGCCAUUUAUUCCCUUCGCUUCCAUCAUCAUCCCAAGCAUUGACGCCCAUGAAUGUGGCGGUAAUUCGUUCAAUGGUUGAAAACAGAGAGGUGUCUGAAAGGAAACAAGUAGGGGAUGCGGAGAGCCUCGUCUAUCAGGAGAGAAGUUGGAUAAGCGUUUUCCUGCGCAUUAGGAGACUUCGGCCGUUCCUACGGUUCAUGCGCGGAUUACUCUAUGGAGUCAAGACCUGACCAGUAUCCGCAACGCUUCCCUCUUUUAAGGAACUUCCAAUCGAGCAGCCAAGGGUGAAUCUUAAAAAAAAAAAAAAAAAAAAAAAAAAAAAAAAAAAAAGGGAACCCUGCGACGACAAGCAUAUCAACGACGAAAAAAGAGCACAUUUACGAGCAAUAUCCUCCAUGACGCCUUCUUUUAUUUACCGCGCUUUUACCUCCUUGAAAACUUACCGAGAACCUUUAUAAAUCCCUAUCUCCCUACUGCGCGGAGCACACGACCGAUAUCCUUUCAAUUUCCAAACAUCCCCGGCCCCACACCAUACUUUUCUCGCUUGUAUAUACUCUUUUGCCUUGACUACACUCUAGGAUUAUUUACCCGGCCGACACUUAAAGCGGAAGGUGAACGUUGAAAGAGUGGGAAUGAGGGGGG